AAUUUCAGAAAUAAGAAAAAAUAAAAUAAACAAAGGAGCUGAAUCUUCUCAUUUUCAGAUUCUGAUCUUGGGACUAUGAACGGUGAAGUGAAUUACCCAAGGACUUAUAGAGGUUUAGGAGAGCCAUCUUCAGAUAGGCUGUCAUAGAGUGCAUCUGAGUCCCUAUGUGCAGGACUGUGGAGGAGUCAUUCUGUCAUCCUGCUUUCUGCCCACAGGGGAUUUGCCGGGCUGCUUUGUAUGUGAGCAUGCAACCUCUCCACUUUUAACAUGGCAGACAAUGCUACACAUCACCACAUCUCAUUUUUCUACCUGGUUGGUAUUCCCGGCUUGAAAGAUUUUCACUGCUGGAUUGGCAUUCCUGUCUGUCUCCUGUUUGCCCUCACCUUGCUGGGGAACAGUGUGAUCAUUGUUACCAUCAGGCUAGAGCCAAGCCUCCACCAGCCUAUGUAUUUCUUCCUUUGCAUGCUGGCAAUGAAUGACAUGGCUCUUGCAUCUUCUGCAGCUCCCAAGAUGCUUGGCAUUUUCUGGUUGGAUGCUCACUGGUUUGACUUUAAUAUCUGCCUAGUGCAAAUGUUCUUCAUCCACACAUUUUGCAUUAUUGAGUCAGCCCUCCUUGUUGCCAUGGCCUUUGAUCGUUAUGUAGCUAUUUGCAUCCCUUUGCAUUAUACAACCAUCCUAACUACAGCAAUGGUAAUCAGGAUGGGGCUAGUUGGAAUGACCCGAGCUGUUCUUAUGGUUUUGCCCUGUCCUCUUCUUAUUAAGAGACUACCAUAUUAUAUUAAGCAUGUCAUCAAUCAUGCUUAUUGUGAGCACAUGGCUGUGGUGAAGUUGGCCAGUGCCAACACCCUCAUUAACAGAACAUAUGGUAUCUCCGUGGCCCUUUCAGUGAUGAUAUUGGACUUAGGGCUUAUAGCUACAUCUUAUAUCAAAAUCCUCCAGGCAGUCUUUCGUCUCUCUUCCCAGAAUGCCCGCUCUAAAGCACUGGGCACUUGUGCUGCCCACAUCUGCACCAUACUUGUUUCCUACACACCUGCGCUGUUCAGCUUCCUAACUCACCGCAUUGGCAAGAAGGUACCCCCAAGCGUCCAUAUAAUGUUUGCAAGUAUGUACCUUCUAGUGCCCCCAGCAGUCAACCCCCUGGUCUAUGGUGUCAAGACCAAGCAGAUUCGUUACCGAGUGGUAGGUAUCUUCUCUCCUAACAGAAAAAUUUCUGAAAACUAA